AUGAACCGUCUCCUGGUGCUUCUCGUCGCGUUCCUCGCCAGCGCGGUCGCGUUCGUUCCGCCGAUGACCGCGCGCAGCCUGUCGGCAGUCGCAGCGCCCGUCACGCGCAGCCACGUUGAGAUGGGAAGGGGCGACAAGCGGACGGCAAAGGGCAAGCGCAAGGCAAAGAGCUUUGGCAACGCACGCCCUCGCAACGGUGAGCUCCGCAAGCGCGCUGCCUCGAACACCGAGUGA